CUUUUAAAAGUUUUAGCAUAAUCUUGCUUAUUGGGGCUUAAAUGCAAGUUUUUAUUUAUGUCUUCUUCACAGGCGCUGUAGCUCCUGAGGUCUGCCCUGAAGGAACUUGGUCCAACCGCUCAGGCCUGCGUAGCCGGGAAGAUUGUACACCCUGUCUGGGCGGAUUUUACUGUGACUCGGCUGGCCUCACUAAACCCAGUGGAUUGUGUAACGCAGGUUAUUACUGCAUGGAGGGAGCAGUAACAUCAACCCCUACAGAUGGAGAUACAGGGGGACCCUGCCCUGAGGGUCACUACUGCCCAGAGGGAUCUGUUCAGCCUGUGCCCUGCCAUCCAGGGACCUAUGUUACUGUUACACAAGCUACUCAGUGUGACCUUUGUAUGCCAGGCUGGUACUGUGUGUCUGGCUCUCUGUACCUCUGUCCUGCAGGCUUUUACUGCCCUGCUGGAACUGGAUUCGACUUGAGGAACUGUCCAGAGGGAACCUAUGGUCCCGAUCCAGGCUCCUGGUCUGUCGACCAGUGUAGGAAAUGUGACGGAGGCCAUUACUGCUCUUCCAGAAAUGCCACUGCUGUCUCUGGAUCAUGCCAGGAAGGAUAUUACUGUUCACAUGGAAACAUUUCUCCACAGCCACGCUCUCAUGAUCCAGGCACCAAACAAUUUUUGGAUGCUCUCUAAAUGCUGUUUUUAAAACACGUUUUCUGUUUUUUUCACCUGAUUGACAGAGAGGCAAGUGUGUUCAGUUUGAGCUCUCUCUCACCAGGAGAAGGAGGACCCUGUCCUGUUGGCCACUACUGCCCUCGGGCUACCAUUCUUCCUGUGCCCUGUCCACAGGGGACAUUUUCUAACCUCAGCAAAUUAGUCUCCAAGGGAGAUUGUCAGCCGUGUCUCCCGGGUUAUUAUUGUGAUGCUACAGGACUCUCUGCACCCUCGGGCAAAUGCUGGGAAGGUUUUCUUUGUUUUAAGGGUGCGAAUCGUCCUGAUCCUCCUGUCAGAGACAGCCAUGGAGGGCCAUGCCCAAAAGGUUAUUACUGUUCAGAGGGCUCUGUGGCUCCUCAGCGCUGCCCCUUGGGAACCAUCAGCACAGAAGACGGCAGAGCCAGCUGCAGUGCCUGUCCCCAGGGCUUUUACUGCCCUGGCAGAAGUAAUGACUCUCUGUGGGUGAGUUUUCAGUGCCCUGUAGGUCAUUACUGCCCGCCUGGGACGUGGUCCAAGCACCAGUACCCAUGCCCUGCUGGAUCAUUCAACCCCGACACUCAAAAAACAAAACUCCAGGACUGUCUACCAUGCCCUCCAGGUUCCUUUUGUGCCUUUCCUGGGAAAGAUGGUGCUUCUGGCCCAUGCAGUGCAGGAUACUUUUGCCUUUCCGGGGCACAGUCACCAACGCCAGAUGGGGGGAAGACUGGCGGUAGAUGUCCUGAGGGGCAUUACUGUCUUCAGGGUUCCCCAGAACCACUCCCCUGCCCCGUGGGAUAUUAUAGCAACACGACAAAAAACAGGCAGCUCUCUGAUUGCCUGCCUUGUCCUCCAGGAUUUCUCUGUGUCAGUAGAGGGCUCUCUUUGCCUUCCCAUAUCUGCCCAGCUGGCUCCUACUGUCCAGGCAAAGAAAACAGUAGCCAACAGGACUCACUGUACUGCUCACCGGGAAAUAGGUGUCCACCUGGAUCUGAUAGACAAAUACCGUGCUUGCCGGGAACGUAUCAGAGUUAUUCUGGACAGACAGAGUGUUUUGAAUGCCCAGCAGGGUUUUUCUGUCCUGUCUCAUUGGAUGGAGACUCUGAUGUGUCUGGGACCCAAAUACCCAAGCUCUGUCCUGAAGGACAUUAUUGUCCACCAGGAACACAGACUCAUGUGGCAUUCCCAUGCCCAGCUGGCACUUUCAGCAGGCAGAUGGGGUUAUCCAGUAUGUCGGACUGUGAGCUCUGCCCCCCAGGGACAUAUUGCAGCUCUUCUGGACAAGCUGCUCCCACUGGGGUUUGCUCUCCUGGUUACUACUGUAUCAAUGGCUCAGUAUCUUCCCAACCAGAGGAGGGCCCCACUGGAGGUCGCUGCCCCUCAGGGUUCUACUGUCCAAAGGCAACCAGCUCUGUGAUUCCCUGCCCUUCAGGAACCUUUGGUUCUGCAGAAGGGGCAGUCUCUUUAGAGGCAUGUCGGUCCUGCACACCCGGUCACUACUGUGCAGAGGCUGGUCUCUCUUCCCCAUCUGGACUCUGCAGUGCAGGCUUCUACUGCAGAGAAGGGUCCAGAACUGCCACACCUUUGGCCAAUACCUCGGAUGAUACUGCUUCUGCAGCCCAGACUGACAGAGAUUCAUCCCUUGGUCAUUUCUUUGGGGAUGUGUGUCCUGCUGGCCACUAUUGCCCCAAAGGGAGUGCAAAGCCAAACCCAUGUCCACCAGGCACUUUCUCCGGGAAGUCAGCUGCGGAGUCGGAGGCUGACUGUGAAGCUUGUCACCCGGGUUCAUAUUGUCCCUCGUGGGCUCAGACAUCCGUGGAUCUUUUCUGUCCCCAGGGGUGGUUUUGUCCAGGCAGAUCAGUUUCUGGAUAUCAAGCAGGGCGUCAGUGUUCACCUGGCCAUGCAUGCCCACUUGGCAGUGCUAAGCCGACCGUCUGUUUUCCAGGCACUUUUCAGUCAUUACCUGGGCAGUCCGCUUGUGGCAGCUGCCCACGCGGCUUUUACUGUACAGAGGGUUCAUCUCUCCCAGCUCCGUGUCCGCUGGGACAUUUCAGUCCAUUAGCCGGCAGGUCAUCUCUGAGUGACUGCUCCCCCUGCCCAUCUGGCUUCUUUUGCAACAGCAGCGCUCUGACUGAGCCGUCUGGACCCUGCAGCCCAGGUCAUUUUUGUUCCCUGGGGUCCAUCGAACCCUCUCCUGUCUCCCAGCUUUACGGUGAUGUCUGUCCCAGGGGGCACUUCUGUCCUCAGGGUAGCGAGUCUUCCAAACCCUGUCCCGUUGGCACCUUUCUUCCAGAGCCUGGAGCUUUCUCUUUGUCACACUGCCGUCCUUGCCCCCCAGGGCAAUACUGCCUCACUCCUGGAGCCUCACAGCCUUCAGGUCAAUGUUAUAAAGGCUUUUUCUGCUCUGGAGGUGCUGAUAGUCCCACACCACGAGCCAACUUAUCCUCGGUCAUCUGUCUUCUCAAAAUACUGGAGCUUUCUUCCAUGAAUAUGGAAGGUGCUGUCUGGAAGCACAAUCUGUCCUGCAAUGACAACUUUGGAAGAAAUGCUAACUGGAUCAAAGUGGAAACAGUGCUGCAGGCGGAUUCAGACCGUGUUGUGAAUGACUCAGCUCCUCAUCUCAAGAGUCCACAUUAUACAUGUUCCACCUACAGAGGAGAUGUAUGUCCUCAGGGUUUCUAUUGUCCUUUGGGAUCUGCAUAUCCUCAGCCUUGUGAAGCUGGCUUUUACUGCAAUCAUAGGGGUCUGGAAGCCCCAGCAGGAUCCUGUGCAGCAGGUUAUUUUUGUCCCAUUGGCUCUGUAGACCCCAAUGCCUAUCAAUGUCCUGCUGGACACUUCUGCCCUCUGGGGACUCCACUUCCUUUGCCCUGCCCUCUUGGAACUCAAAAAAACUACCUUGGUGGCUCCACAGUUGAGGCUUGCCAACCGUGCCCUCCGGGGCACUACUGCAACCAGAGGGGGAUAGCUGCACCUAGUGGACAGUGUGCAGCAGGCUACUACUGUCCUGCAGGACAGAGCUCUGAACGACCACAACAGCAUGCCUGCACAGUCGGACACUAUUGUGAGAAGGGCAGUGUCAUCCAGACACCAUGUUCGCCUGGCAGCUAUCAGCCCAGACAAGGCCAACAGAUUUGUGAGACAUGUCCUCCUGGGUUUGUUUGUCAAGAUCAAGGAAUGAGCCUUCCACUUCUCUGUGAAAGAGGAUAUUAUUGCCCCAGUGGGUCAGCAAAACAAUGCCCCUGUCCAUCAGGAACAUAUGGAAACAUGUCAGGGCUGUCUGAAGAAGCGCAGUGCGUCCUGUGUGAUCCUGGCAUGUACUGUAAAGAAACAGGGAGUAUUUUCCCCAGUGGGCCAUGUGAUGCCGGGUUCGUCUGUGUUAGAGGAGCCUCUGAAGCUUCACCAUCAGACGGUCUGAGGGGCUUUUCAUGCCCACUUGGGUACUUUUGUCCUGUGGGGACUUCUGUACCCAAACCAUGUCCAAAAGGAACUUUCAGUGAUCAGCGUGGCCUUGUGGAUGAUACUGAGUGUCAAAGCUGCAGCCCUGGCUUUUACUGUUCUGAGUCGGGCCUCUCCUCUGUUUCUGGGCCCUGUUUGCCUGGUUUCGUCUGUCUGGAAGGCUCUCAGUCUGCUGCUCCUGUGUCGGGUGACUUUGGUGGGGCUUGUCCAGUCGGUCACUACUGUUCAGAGGGGACCAGUGUUCCCUCACCCUGCCCACCAGGUUUCUAUCAGAAUGAGGCCGGAGGAAAAAGCAAAGAUGACUGCAAACCAUGUCCUCUCGGUUGGUUUCAGGAUUUACCUGGUCAGAAGUCAUGCCAUCCGUGCCCUCCUGGCUUCCUCUGCCAGGCUCCGAGUGCCAGUUCCACCAGAGGGAGUCCCAUUGGAGCCUCCAGCCCUCUGCCUUGUCCAGCUGGCUUCACAUGUCCCAGCGAGAAUCCAGAAAGUCAGCCCAUACCAUGCCCUAAAGGCACCUACAGCCCUGUCCAGGGUCUCAUUACUACUGGCCAGUGUUUAGUGUGUCCAUCAGGUCAGUUCUGUGGCUCUGAGGGUUUGAUUGAACCUUCUGGACAGUGUGCUGCUGGGUUUCUUUGUUUCACGGGUGCAAAGAUGCCAAAUCCAACUGAUAACAUAACUGGAUCUCUUUGUCCGCCGGGGGGCUUCUGUCAAGGGGGCCUCAAAGAAGGUGAUUGCUGGGCAGGGUUUUACUGUGCUUGGGGAUCCAGCAAAGCAGAUGGAACUCUGUGCCCUGCUGGGUUCUUUUGUCCCAAUGGGACAAAAAACCCAAUUCCUUGCCCGGCAGGAACAUUCACCUCUGAAAUGGGCAGCACUGAUCAAGGCAACUGUAAGACCUGUUUGCCUGGAUACUACUGUCAAGAUGAAGGUACUUCCCAGCCUGCCUUGUGUCCUGUUGGAUACUAUUGUCCAGCAGGUCUCAUUUAUGGGGUGGAGUUCCCUUGUCCUCCUGGUACAGUGCAGAACCAGCUUGGGGCCUCCAACCCUGAAGCUUGUCUACCGUGCCCAGCUGGAAUGUUCUGCUUUCAGCCUGGCCUGUCGAAGCCCACAGGUCUCUGUCAAGCUGGAUACUUCUGCCCUGCAGGAUCAACAAGCCCAAACUCCGCUGACUAUCAGGGAAAUACCACCAUGAGCCAACUUUGUCCACCUGGUCAUUACUGCCCCUCUGGAGCUGGAUAUCCACUCCCUUGCCCUCCAGGCUCUUUGUCUGUGUCACAAGGACUGAAAACCAUUGAAGAAUGUCCACCAUGUCCCCCAGGGUUAUUCUGUGGCAGUCCUAAAAUGGCUAAUCUCUCAGAUGCUCUUCCAUGUGGGGCUGGGUUUGUGUGCUUGGGUGGCAGCUCUAGUCCCACUCCAUCUGAUGGUUCCCAUGGCUACCCCUGCCCCGCUGGCUAUAGCUGUCCUAUUGGCUCAACAAUUGAGGUGCCCUGUGAACCUGGCACUUACAACCCUGCUCCUGGAGCGGGACAUUGCAUGUUGUGCCUGAAAGGAAGCAUGUGUCCCUCUUUAGCUACUCAGGAGCCCUUGACCUGUCCAGCUGGUAGUUUUUGCCCUGCUGGAACAGUUCUGGCCCAGGCCUGCCCUCCAGGAACAUUUAGUAAGCAGACAGGUGCUCAGUCCCGCUCAGUCUGCACACCCUGUCCCCCUGGAGUGUACUGUAGUUUAUAUGGAGCCACAACACCGCAAGGUCCAUGUUUAGAGGGAUACUUCUGCCAGGGUGGUGCAACAGAACCAACACCUGAUAGUUCUGUUGAUUUUCCAAAGAAUGGCCCCUGUCCUGCUGGCCACUACUGCCCAUCAGGAUGUCUGUCUCCGAUCCCAUGUCCUCUCGGCAGUGUUCGCAAUGCUAGCGGUGGUGUGUCCAUGGAAGACUGUUUUACCUGCCCUGCUGGCCACUACUGCUCUAUAGAGGGUCUGUCGAGCCCCAGUGGUCCAUGCGCUGCUGGUUUCUUUUGCCCUUUUGAUUUUUCUUCCACUACUCCAUAUGCCUUUAUCUGUCCCAAGGGACACUUUUGUCCAGAAGGGUCUGCCUUCGCCUUCCCUUGCCCCACAGGGGAGUACCAGCCAAAUCCAGGAUCGGAGAACUGCAUCCCAUGCCGACCUGGGUUCUACUGUGAAGAGGCCAUAGUGGGAGAGCCACGGCCCUGCCCACCACAUGCAUACUGUCCUGCAGGCACAAUGGUGCCUCAGCCAUGUCCUAAUGGGACAUAUACUGCUUCAAACCACGAAGGGUUACAGGAAGAGAGUGAGUGCUUGCCGUGCCCGCCGGGAAAGUUCUGCAGGGCUGGUAAAAUCCAGGGAUUAUGUGCUGCAGGCUAUCUUUGUCUUUCUGGGAGCACAGAUUUCCUUCCUCAGGGGCCAGUGUCAAACAUAACUGUAUGCCAGUGGGGUGUGCGGUGUGCCGGACCAUGUCCGCCAGGUUUUUUUUGCCCUGAAGGCACACAAGAAGCUCAGUUGUGUCCUGCAAACACAAUCAGAAGCUCCCCCAGAGGUGUUAGUCUACAGGACUGCUUACCAUGCCCACCUCGGUACUGGUGUAAGCCUGGCGACCCGGUCUUUCAUCUGUGUCCUGCUGGUCAUUACUGUGACGGUCUGCCUGGCAGCGACUUUAAUGGAAGUAGUGGACCCAGGCCGUGUCCACUGUAUACUUAUCGAGUUUUUCCAGGAGCUGGUAGCAAGGGUGACUGCCUGCCAUGUCCCCCUGGUUCACACUGUAACAGCACAGGCUUUACAAACUACUCCAGUACUCCCUGCCCACCCGGUUUCUGGUGCAGUGGGUCUGGACCCCCUAUUCUGUGCCCAGCGGGAACCAAAAGGCAGCUCCCAGGAGCUGCUGCCCCUGAUCAUUGUGAACCCUGUGUGGGGGGAACUUACUGUCCAGAUCCUCGCAUAACAGGAAAGCCCAACGUAGAAGGGAUUCCCUGUAGAGCCGCUUACCAAUGUCCUGCUGGGGCAGCUUCAGAAAAGCCGUGCAGAGCCGGCUCGUACUGUGGACCUCAGACUGCGGAGCCCCAAAUCUGUCCAGAAGGCUACAUUUGCCCUGAGGGAUCCCUUUUGUAUAAUAACCCUAAACAAAUGUGUCCUUUUCCAUACUACUGUCCAGCCAACAGCUCCUUCAUGAGGUCCUGUGAAGGAGGCUCCAUGCCUGUUAACAUCGUCGGGCUCAGAGGGUCCAAAAGCAGCUGCUGUCGGUUGUGUGACGGGGGCUUCUAUAGAAUCCACCUCUCGCCAAAUCUGCAAUGCCUUCCAUGUCCACCAGGGUACUAUUGCCCUGCAGGUACAGACAACUACAAAAGUACUCCCUGUCCUCUGGGGUACAUUUGCCCCAUGGGCUCAACACAACCAGUCCCUUGCCCGCCUGGCACUUUUGGUAACAUCAAUCAUGGUGAGAAGACAGAGGACUGUCACCCAUGUCCAGCUAACACUUUCAACCAUCUUCCUGCUCAGAAAGCCUGUUUUCCCUGUGGGAGCUCUUCCACCUCAUCAGCAGGCUCUUCUGCAUGUACCUGCCGUGGUAAAAACCGAGCUUUCCAUUACUCUGAUGGAUCCUGUUUGUGCAGAACUGGGUUCAUCUUCUACAACGAGCUGGAUUUCAAAAGCUCUGUAUCUGACAGUGAAUUGGACUGUCAGCCUGAGGUGAACAGACGAUGUUCAACAGGAGAGGUGCGUUUGGCAGCAUCCAGAGACUGUGUGUUUCCCUCACUUCACUCAUGUAACGUCACCUGUGGAAAACAUGGAGGAACUCUGGAUGUGGAAAUGGGCAUCUGCCACUGUGAGCAGUACGUGUCUGCAGAGGAGCUUUGCAACACUUCCUGCCUCUCCAGACUGCCUCAGCUUUCUGCCCAGUUUUCACCAGAUGGAGACAUUCUACUUAGCCUCAAAGAAAGAGACAGCAUGGUCUGGACCAAGAGAGUAAUCAGUGUUUUAGGUCCAGACAUCCAUGCAAAGACAUCUGGAAAAACCUAUUUGGUCCAGUUUGACUCUGAUGGAGUGUUUGGUUGGAUUCCCUCACAGAAGGACCUUGUCUAUCAGUUUCUAUCAGAGCCUUUUGAAGCCCUAAACACUAGAACUAGAAAAAGGAGAAAUGCAGAUGAUGAUGAUGGCGCACUGACCAUCCUGCCAAGAAUCCCAAAUCCCAUUGCCUGCCUUUCUUCUGGUGAUAUGCUCAUUUUCCAUCUUACCAUCAAUCACACCGACCGCCAUUAUAGCCACUUUCCAGUGUACCAAAAAGACCACCUGUUCAACAGUAACCCAAAGUGGGACUUUGGUGCCUUCAGACACCUGCAGAUACUCAUGAAGCAGACCAAGUUCAACUCUUCAUGGUUCGCUCAUGUGUUUUCUGAGGCAGGGAAGUAUGUGUUUGUGGACAGUGCAGUGCCUCAGAGGAGCAUGGUGGUGGUGGUCGGUGAGGAGGGGGCAGAGUGUGACCCCAGGGCCACUGCAUUUCAGCCUAUGACCCCUGCUCACCUGGUCAGAUAUGGAGUUGUUAAACAGCACCGACUUAACCUUCUGCCUGACUGGGGACUGAUUUUAGCUGUCCUCUGUCUGCUGCUAGUUGUGGUUGUUGUGUUGACCAUAACAGUGCUGGUUUUGCAGCCAGACAAAGCAAAGCUUGUCCCACACUGGAGGUCAAAGCCGAAAUGGCGCAGCCUUGGGGAACCCUUCUGUCCAGUAGAGUGUGUUUGCAGCAGAGAAAGCACAGUCAUCCAAAGCCCAGCUGGCAUCCUUGGCAGCAGAGGGGUUGGAGAGGGAGCAGAAACCGAGGAACCAGCUGUUUCAAAGGGUGGCAGUGUGUCUGGGUGCUGCGAUCUGGAGGAGUUCAAUGUGAAAACUCUUUAUGACAAACUGGAGGAUCAAAAUCUCCACAUAGCUUCUCAGCUGGCUCGGCACCGCAAGGACAUGCAGGAAUUUUACAGAAAUAUCUGUGAACACGCUGAAUCCCUUAAGAAUGUCAUUGAGAAUCUGGACAGUAAAAAACUGAGUGUCCUUAAAGAAAUUCUCACUGAUAAGGCGGUGAAGGAGAAACCAUCACACAGCAGUGUCGAAGACUCUGGUUCUCAAGAUGGGGCCUGUGUAUUUUUACUGGGAGCUGUUCUCAAAUCAGUGGAAGCUCUCUUGUUCAAGCUAACUGGGGAAGCAUGGCAGAACCAGGAUUUGUGUGGAUUCCAAUACUGUCCAACUACUCAUCCCCACAUGAGAGACUGUGAGCCUCAAGCUGGAUAUGUGCAAACCACAGAGACCAACAUGUGUUUUACACAGUUUUCACUCAUGACCAAAGCAGGAGGUGACACUAAUGAAACAGAUCACAUGCAGACCACAGGUCCAUGCGUCAGUGACCAUGAUCUGUCCAAGCUGGUCGCCUUGUCUCCUCUGUUUAAAACCCUGCAGGAGAUUCAGCAGUCCUUACAAAAUCUCUCCACAGAUGAGACACGUCAACAUUGUCACAAUGCAGCUAUGCUGCAUUCCGUCCAGGUUGACUAUGUUGGACACCUCACUCCAACUUCACUGGAAAAGCUCUCACCACAACACUCUGCCGUUUUCCUGUUUGGUUGUCAGGUGAUGCAGUUGCUUUCAAACAGCCCCAGGUUCCCCUCUGUACUGCUUCUGCUGGCCAAGUCAAUCCCCUCUUCCUCAUCAGUCUCUAACGAGAGUCUGCUGGCACAUUGCUCUGAGGACUAUUACUUUGAUGCAGCCAAUCAAAUCCUUUAUUUGUCAGAGGCAAAGCUUCAGCACGUGGGACAUUUCAUCGCAGUCAUCCUGCAGUCCAUGGCCCACAUAGCAGCAGGAUCCACGCCUCAGAGGUUUAUGCAAGCUCUUGAUGAGGCCAUUUCCGCUCUCAGCCUUCAGCUGUUCAAUCUGUCAUUCAAAUGGAGUGCAGCAGAGGCAAAUUUGGAUGCAUCCAACGGGGAGCAUGGCACACUAGCUGAACAAUUUUUCACUGUCAGGGUUCCCUCUGAGACGCUAUUCACUGAACAUUUACUUGCUAGCAGAAUAGAGAAGUAUAAAUAUUUCAAGUUGGAGCAGCUCAUCUGUAAUUCCAAACAAAGUUUUGUUCCAGACACUGACACAGGUUUUCCACCUAAAGGGACACCUGUGCAGAUUUCAUGUAUCGAGGAAGAAAUUGACCGCAUGAGUGAGUCUUUCCUGCAGCUAAGCAUGCAGCUUCAGAGGAGAAGUCAAAUGAGCACAUGGCUAAACGACAGAGAGAACAUUGCUGAAAGCCAGACGAGGAGAUCUUCAGCAAGCACACCAAGCCUGAGUCGCAGCGGAACGGUCCUGCUGGAACUCAAGAGACACCUUGUAUCGCAGCGCCUCGAUGAGCUAAAAGUCACAUUAGACCUAAUGAGACGGCGCCAGCAGCACGACAGCAAGUUGAAAGACGGAGCAGGAGGCCGUACCCAAAGUGACAGCUCCAUCAUUCAGCAGGAGGAAAGUGAGCAUGUUUCUACUUCAGAUGGAUGCAAAACAGCCAGUGACCAGCACGGCUGUGACACCUCUGCUAAUUAAAGUCAAAUGCAUGGGGAGAGCAGACAAUACAGUUAUUCUUACUGAAAAGUCAUAUUUCUGACCAGCAACAGAGCCGGAGUGACCACUAGACAAUCUGCCCCACUGCUGAACCCACACCCACACACACACAAAACACACACACAUAAAAUACAGACAUGGAAAAGGAGUGCAACUACUGAACAGAAAGUAAAAUUAUCUAUGUAAAAAUGUUGCUGAAAUAAUAUUUAAUUUGUCUGUUCUUUUGUCUUUGAUUUCUUUCUACCCUGUCAUGUUUGGCCUUGAAUAAAUAUGUAUUUGUUGUUCCCUGUUAAACUGAAAAUGAUACAAGUGACUUUUAAUAGUAACUUUCACCAGCUUCAAAUAUCUUAACUGUUUUGCUUAUGCUUCAUGUGUUUCUAAGUUAAAAAUAAAAAACUUCUUGAAGCAAACUGAGGCGUUACCCUGACUAUAAAGUUAUUGUUGUUGUUUUUUUACUUAACAAUCUUCGUAUUCUUUUUUUCAAAAAAGAAACUUCCACUGCAUAAAAAGGUGACACUCACAUUUUCUAUGCUGCCCCCUAAAGGUGACAAGAUGCAUCUUUUUGUCUGUAAUGAACUAUAACUAUGUCCUUUCCCUUUUUUUGUUCGGAACACAUGUAAAAUUCCCCUUUAACCAGAGAGAGCAGUGAUCUGUGCUGCAAGACUGAGGCCUUCUUCUGGUUCAGUGCUUUAUCUGACACAUGGGGUUGUGGGUCUUAUAAUAGAAAGCCAGUAUUUCUAGAGGAGGCCAUGAGCCAAAUCAGAAGGUCAGAUGGAAGAAGUCUUCACUUGCUAUCAGUGUUAGCUUAAAGCUGUGUGCCAAGUGCUCCUGGCUGAAUUUGGCAUUGCCCUGUGGAUGUGUUUGUGUGUACUUUUGUGAGUAAUGUGUGUGGAAGGGAGUUUUGUUCUGUGGCUUAUCAAUUAGAUUAGCUGCUUUGCAGCUGAUGUGGGCCUGCAUGUUUACCUCAGCAGGACACAGAAGAAUGCAACUGUGCUAAAGCUGUGCUUGUGUGUGUUGUGUAAAUCUGCUAUUGUGGGAUUUGCAGUAGUACAAAAUUACAUUUGCUCCAGUUGUCCAAAUCAAAACAGUGGUUGCCUUAGUGGAUCUGGCUUUAGGUGUUAUUUGUUCCAGAAUAUGAACAUCCGAGUUUGGAGAGGUUUAUUGUAUUAUUUUUGAAAGACUUUUCCAGCAGUACCUGCAAUACUUUUAUCCCAAAUCCACACAAAUGUUGCUGACAACAAAUGUUUUUACUUAAAAAAAGAAAAAGAAAAUUCACCUAAAAACAACAGAUGCAAACAAAACAGAGAUAAAUUAUAAGCAAAAAGUCAAGCUCCGCUAAUGCUCUGCAAACUCCAGCAUUAGGAGGUUUUUAUUGUAAACAGCACGAGAUUUGUAUCUCAAUUUCCAUCAUAUUUGAUCCAUAGCUCUGUGUUGUAAUCAUUCUAUAAUCUUGAAAUCCUUCCAAAUCCCUGAAAAUCUGCUCUGUACGGCAUAUCCUCGAGGACCUCGCUCAGGCAUGCACACGCACACACAUAUGAAGACAUACUUGAGCACAAACAGACGUAACCUAUAAACCCAAAAACUCAAGAUGCCUGAAUUACUUCUCCUUACUCCAUAUACACAUUCUCAUGGCCUUUCAUGUGUUUACAUUGCAGCACAUGGAGCAGCUAGUUUCCUCCAUUUUACAGUUGCCUGCACCGCUGUGGUAAAGAUCAGAACACAUUGUAUUUAUUUGCUGUUGUAUUUGAGCUUCUUUGUUUAUUGGGGAUGGGAUGAUGGUUAUUGUCUGUUGCUCGUUAAGCAGACCCAACUGUAGUCACCAUGGCACUGUGCGACUGUUGCUAUGGUUUCUCUAUCUGCAGGAUGUGGUUUCAGUAGACAUACCAUAUUUAGUCUGUCCCUCAGUGCACCAGUCUGCAGCUGAUUCGAACAGCACUGAUAAAGCAUCCAGCUCCAGUCUGCCUUCCUCUGUUAAAUAAAAUACCAGUUUAGCCGUUUACAAUGCAGAUCAAUCCAAGCUAUAAAUGUAAAUGAGUUGGGUUCAAAUUUUUCUCUAUUAAUGACGCAACAUUAGAAAUACCUUAAGCAUCUGGUAAAGUGUAGGAAAAUCCAAUCCAUUAUUAUUAUUAUUAACUGUUUUUAUUCCUUGUGUUAUUCAAGGUACUUAAAUGUUGGGAGUGGGGUCAUCUGGACCCCACAAGAAAGUGCGCUGAACCUUUUUUCUUCAAUGCUUUUUGAUCUUCACU